CGUCGUUACUGUGGAAUCUGAGCGUUUCUGAGCCGAUUCCUCGAUCCUUUGGUAAACGUCCGGAAAUAUAUCCGCGAUCCUUUGGUUCAACAUCCUGAAUGGAUGAAGUUUGAAAAGUAAGGAAGUUAGGCCAUGUCCUCAGCUCACACGGCUCAGUAACUAAGAGACCAGAUAGUUUUUCAUCCAGCAUCACCUGGAUUGCGAUGUUGGGGUCUCAUCUCCCGUAAUGUAUCGGUACAGAUGCACUAAACGUUAUAAAGAAGCGUUUAAAACGACAUAUGAAAAACGUUACGAAAUUAGUUAGCGAUUUAAGGACAUAUGCAAUAAUUUUAAAACAUUUGAAACGAUAAAUCAGAUGUCAUUUGGAAUUAAUUGACUCGUGUUUAAAAAAAAGCCUAACCGUUCUAACCGUUUCCUCGUAGAUGUACAUACAGCACGUGCAAUUGUGAAGUGAAACAUACGCACUACCACCGAUUUAUCUGCAUUCUAGGUAAAAGAAAGGAUGUCAAGAGAAAGAAAGCAAACUAGUUCAAUGUUCAGGGAGAGCUCCACCUCAGUUCUCCCUUUCUAUCGGUGUUAAUGAAGUGCGUUAAUUAAUUCAAUUUGCAUCAUUUAUGGUAUUAUUCUUUACCGAUAAUAGUGCAAUGGGGACGGGGUGCAACGUUUUGGUAAUAGCUUUUUUUUGCACACCACUAACAAUGAUCAAAGUACAAAACAAUUUGUUACUACUUUCGUAAUCAGACUGUGAAUGUUUUAUCCAACAACUUUAGCUAUUUUACGCUAUUACUAAUCCUUUUGGCAAGAAAGCAGGUUCUGCUGGAGAUAAGCACGCACGGCUACACAACCUACCAUCUCGGGUCGUGUAAUUUUGGCCAACGAAAAAUUCCACUCCACCAAGGAUGAUUUUACCCGAUAUCUCCGAAAACUGGUUCCGUUUCGGUUCGGUACCGUUUGCUUCCUGUCCUGUGUAUUCUUUCUACGAUGGGAAAUGGGAAUGGACAUAUUUUGCACAAACGUGACGCAUUUUACUUCCGGACCACAUUACGAGGACGCAAUUAAAUCGAAUCGUAAAACAAUGGGGUCAAUGGAAAACAAAAAAUCCUUAACCCAUGGGGGUGAGAUCCACCUUGCUUGCAGUUCGUCUGACUUUGUAACGCGGACGGAUGGCAACAACAGUCAAAUCAAACAUCAUCAUUGACAAUUUAAAAAAAAAGAAUCCAUGCCAUGGAAGAAAAGGUAAAAAAAACAGCCUCAACACAGCCUGGGUCACCAUCGGUACAAAUCGAGGUCAUCGAAAUCGGAUCUAGCUCAAUGUACCUGUUGAACCGAUACGAAUGCGAAGGUCAAGAAUGAAGGGACCGGGGGCAGAUAAUAAUGCAACAUAAUGGGUGGGAAGUGAUUGGUCAUUUUCAAUGUACACACAACAAACUCACACACGCGGACACAACACUCAAUUCACCGAUAAUGCAUUCAUACAUAUUCCACGAGGAAUCGGUAUUCGAUAGAACCUUUAUUAGCACCUUCACGCACGACACCGACGCACAGCCUAUUGUCAAAGAGCGCCACAAGCUACAUAGUCUUAUCGGUCAUGGUGCAGCCAUCGGGACCGACAUGUGCGAUUUGUUUGGGGCGGGAGGAAAUAAACACAACACAAGAACCGACUUUUGCUACGCGGUGUGGCCGUUAGAACCUUUUUUUUUGGCAGGGAGGAAAAUUGCGACGAGUGUAAAUUUGAUUCACUGCACCCAUGGCACUCGAUGCCGCCAUUCGACAGGAAACAAAAAGAAAUUCCUCGACAAGCGCACACAGGCAGGUGUGUGAUGGUGUUGGCAAUAAUAAAAAAUACCAACCACGCCAAGAAUAACGCAUAAACCAGCAGAAUUACCCCAACGCCACGAACGCCACAAAACCUAACCUCCGAACCACCAUCGUGGCCUUCGAUGGUGCUGAAGCAGGAAAGUUGAAGGAGAGUUGGGAACCAAUAUAAAUAGGGAACAACUGGCUAAAGGGGUUUAAUCAGUGUACGACUUUACGGUUCUACGGUUGUACGGUUCUAACUCUGUCUCUGUGGAUCGUCACAGCUCACACAAAUAAGAACGCUUGUUGGAAACGAUCCUGUGGUACGGCUGUGGAUUUUUUCAGUUCGGAUAGAAUAAACACCAUGUUGGGGUCAGAUUUGCUGUGUGUGUUAGCGAUAGGUUGGCUCGCUGUUGGACAUUCGCAUGCGAAUGUUAUUCUGUACGACGAGACCGUGGACAACAGUAUUGCUGGAUCGAGCGAUUUCAUAGACUUAUCCCAUCUCGGACCCGACCUGUACGGUGAACCAGAUGAAGAGGUGGGCAAAUUGGUGGCCAACUACGAUCCGGCCACCGAUAGCAGAAAUGUGGAGGAGCUCGGUUCGUACGUCCAGGGAGAUAUACUGAUCAAUCGUCCAGGUGGACGGAACGGUAUUUCGAAUAACGCUGCCCGUUGGCCGAAGGGUGUGGUACCGUUUGUGAUUUCGGGAAACUUUGACGCUAAGGGUAUGCAGCUGAUCGAGCAGGCCAUCAAUGAGUAUCAUCAGAAAACGUGCAUCCGCUUCGUCCCUCGAAUGGGUGAAACCAACUACGUGUCAUUCGAAAGCUCGGACAGUGGCUGCUGGUCAAGUGUGGGCAUGAUCGGAGGCAAGCAGCCAGUCAAUCUGCAGAUUCCCGGCUGCACCACACUCGUCGGUACCGUCAUGCACGAGAUGAUGCAUGCGCUCGGAUUUCUGCAUGAACAGAACCGGGAAGAUCGCGACAGUUGGGUCGCGAUACGGUACGAGAACAUCAAGCCAGGAACGAAAAAUAAUUUCGAAAAGGCAAAGAAGGGUUCCACUAACAGUUUCGGCGUGUCGUACGAUUACGGCAGCAUUAUGCAUUACUCCUCGAAUGCUUUCUCCACCAACGGCAGGGCCACCAUCGAGGCGAAGCUCGCCGGUGGUAGCCAAAUGGGCCAACGAAGUAAGUUCUCCAGCAGCGAUCUUGCCAAACUGAACGCUAUGUAUGGAUGCAGGGGAGGUUCUUCAACGGCUGGCAGCAGCACGGGUGCGUCUAAUGGGUCACAGACGCAAAGACCCAGCCGACCAACGCGUCCUUCCAAACCGGCAAGCAACCAUCGUCCCGGAGCACAGAUUGCCGGUGCAAUUGUGAACCUGAUUGGGGGUAUCUUUGGCGAGGAAGAUUCUAACGCUACUGCCAACGCAAUGGAUGCAAUCCGGCGAUGAAAACGAUAAGGAAACUCCGAUAGAAUCGUGAACGUCGCUUAGCGGAAAUCAUGCCAAACUGUCUACCUCAUUUCAUGAGCGAUCGCGAACAAAAACGGUGUUUGUCGUACUACAUAUGUUUUCCUUUCAUUAAUAAAGCUACUCGAUAUCUCUCAUACACGCUCUCGCUAACCGCCUUGUAUGCUUUAGAAUGGGGUUAAUUUGAAGUUUUCUGUACAUCUGUCGCUAUUCUUUUUGUUUCCACAC